UUUGGUGUGAAGUAAGAAUGGCCGAAGCAUACAAACUCUCGCGUAAGCAAUCCAAAGCUUUAGGGAAAGUAAUUUCUUCCGUCGCAGAAAAUAGUGGAAAAUCUUUGUCAUCUGAGGAUCUAGGGAUCAUAAAGCAUAUCAUCUCCCCUGAGGAUUUCGAAAUCCUAAGACGAAAUUUGGGUGUGACGAGGAUAUUUUAUAAUGGCGAUGACAAGAAUUUACCAUUUUCAUUGUUGCAGUCUUUUUCGGACAUCCCCGGCAUAAUCGAUGUUGAGGAAGGAGGUCGAUUGUCUCGAGAGUUUAACUAUGAUGACUUGAUGGGAUUGAUAGAGAAUAUCUUCCACCAUGCACUCUUCAACGACAAACCGGCUUCCCAACAAAAUUUGCAUGAGAAAAUUAAUGAGGGCCUAAGAUCCACUGAAGGACUUCAAAUUGAUAGUAGCAUCCAACGGACUGUACAUGAGCUUUAUUGGAAGAUGAUAUCAAGAUGUGCAUGUGGUGUGGAUGAUGCACAUGAAGUGACAGUAGCCUUGCUUGAUUCACUACAUGAUUACUCUUGGGCGGCUCAAAUAGUGUUGCUGGUGGCUGCAUUUGCAAUCAGCUUUGGCGAGUUUUGGCAAACCGUGGAACCACCCUUGACUACAGAAGAAGAUCAUCUAUCACGAUCAAUAUGUAUACUUAAGCGACCUCAUUGUUUGAUCCAAGCAACUGAUUCCGUGAAGUCUGGCCUUGAAUCUAUAAGGACUUUGGUGGAAAGAAUUUGGGAGUUGACCAAAUGGCUUGUUGAAUUUGAAAAGGAAUUCGCUACCAGUUGGUAUGCUACAUAUAAAAAGAGUAAUGCUGCUAUUGAAUAUCCAGAAGUACUUGUUAUUGGGUACCAGGUUGUGUAUAGUGUUGUCACCUGCCUCUUUCAUGACAUUGCAUUGGUGAGAAUGAACAAAGAGUACACAACUUUAGCCACUGAGUUCCACCAAAUGAGAAAGUCUUCAGAGACACUAGCUUUUCUUCAAUCUUAUGUCUAUGCAAGAAGAAGAAUGUACGCCAUUGGUCUCCAUGCUCAAUACAUGAUCGAUACUGGACCUAGUUAUCUAAACAUUCUAAAGUUCAUGUCUGGGUUGAUCUCUCAAACAGGAGAAUUGGUUCUAAGUCGGGCUACCAAAGGAAAGGAAACAUUCUUUACCAAAACAAAAAAGUUACAGGUAACAUUGGAAAAGCUCACAGGCAAGUGCAUUGCCUUGUUCAUCUCAGAUUUCAAAGUCCAAAAGGAAGAAUUUCCAUCACUCAUAAAAACUUACAAAGCUGCUUCGAACAACCCAAACACAUGUUUUGAAGUUGUUUGGGUGCCGAUGGUGGAUCAAUCUACUACUUGGACUGAAGACAACAAAAGAACAGUUUCUAACAUGGGCACUUCCAUGCCUUGGUAUUGGGUAUCAGAUCCUUCCACCAUUAAAAUUUCAUUCCUGCAACAUGUGAAAGAAGAAUGGCAUUUCCAAGGGAAGCCCAUAUUGGUGAUCCUUGACAUGGGAGCUGGCCAGAUCAAACACACCAAUGCUCUUCCCAUGAUGGAGUUUUGGGGUCCUUCAGCCUACCCUUUCUCAAUAAAAGAUGAAGAAAGGCUCCAAGAAGGACUUAGCCGUGCGAUUGACUUAAUGUUUUCCACCAACGAGCCAAACAUGGACAAAUGGGUUGAGGAAGGGAAGAUCAUAUGCUUCUAUGGAAGCCAUAACGAAGAAUGGAUAAGAAGAUUUCUCCAGAAGCUAGAAAAUAUUACUACGCAAACAAAUUUUAAAAUGGAGAUUACAUAUGUUGGCACAAACAAGAAGGAAGAAGAAUUGUCAAGGAUCUUGGCCAUCAUCAAGGACAUGAACAAGAGUAGGGUUUGGCCUGAAGAAAGAAUCCUAUCAUUUUGGCACACUUGGAAGAAAAUAAGACGCCCCAAGAAGAUUUAUUUUUCAAUGUGGAAAGAGAUCAUUAACAUAUUAAGUUAUGAUGAGUAUGAGGAUGGGUGGGCUCUAAUUUUCCAAGACUCCAAACAAGAUGUUGUCAAAUCCAGUGGGACCAAAUUGAUCGAAUGUUUGGAUAGCUUUGUGACACGUGGAUCAAGAAUUGAAGAACCUAAGAAUUUUCUAAAAGAGCUAAAUGAAGAACUACGGGUGAAGUAUGCUGCAGAACAUUGCUGCAAUGGCAUGAAGGUCCCAACUAGUGAUGGUUCUGUACAGGUUCAUUGUAUGGAAUGUGGUCGCUUUAUGGAUUGAUCAGACUCACAUUUAACUGAGGCCUCAAUGUGAGUCUGAUACUCUGGGCUGGGCCCAAAGUUCAAAAGGUCAAAAGCUCGUGAAUUAACUCUAGUUUGUGGGUUAAUUAUAGGCCAAAGUUCAUAUGAUCAUGGGUCAGAGCCCAAAAUCCAAAAUCUAUUUAGAAACCCAUCCAUAGAAGGAGAAAUAUAAAUAUAACUUUCCACUUGCAAGCAUUAAUAAGCAAGAGACACAUAAAUGUGUGAUAUGGUUCACAAUG